GAAUAAUGCCCACAAUGCACUUCGGCGGAUCAGUUGAAUCCUGCGACACAAGUUUCCGGUGUGGUGCACGCUCGUCUCUGUCGCUCCUUCUCUGUGUGUUGGAUUUUGUUUGAGAGCAAAUUGUGAACGCCACAUAUUUUAAUAACUGGUCGAACAUCAGUUUUGGCAGUUUUACUGAAGGGAGAGAGAGAAACAAGCCGCGAAGAUGCCGCGAAUUAUGAUAAAAGGAGGCGUCUGGCGCAACACUGAGGAUGAGAUCCUCAAGGCAGCGGUGAUGAAAUAUGGGAAAAAUCAGUGGUCUCGUAUCGCCUCCCUGCUGCACCGCAAGUCUGCCAAACAGUGUAAAGCCAGAUGGUACGAGUGGUUGGACCCGAGCAUCAAGAAGACAGAGUGGUCCAGAGAGGAAGAGGAGAAGCUGCUUCAUUUGGCCAAGCUGAUGCCCACUCAGUGGAGGACCAUUGCACCUAUCAUAGGACGGACUGCCGCCCAGUGUCUGGAGCACUAUGAAUAUCUGCUGGACAAGGCAGCACAACGAGACAAUGAGGAAGAGGUGGGAGAUGACCCCCGGAAGUUAAAACCAGGAGAGAUUGACCCAAAUCCUGAAACUAAACCUGCCAGACCCGACCCCGUGGACAUGGACGAAGAUGAGUUGGAGAUGCUGUCAGAGGCCAGAGCUCGACUGGCCAAUACCCAAGGCAAGAAAGCCAAGAGGAAGGCCAGAGAGAAGCAGCUGGAGGAAGCCAGACGGUUGGCGGCUCUGCAGAAGCGCAGAGAGCUGAGAGCGGCGGGAAUCGACGUUCAGAAGAAGAGGAAGAAGAAGAGAGGAGUAGACUACAACGCUGAAAUCCCCUUUGAAAAGAAACCUGCACCGGGUUUCUAUGAUACAAGCAUGGAGCAGUAUGUCCCUCUGGAGCCAAACUUCAAACGACUCAGACAGCAGCACUUGGACGGAGAACUUCGCAGUGAGCAAGAGGAGAAGGAAAGGAAGAAGGACAAGCAAAAGAUCAAGAAGAAGAAAGAGAGCGAUCUCCCAUCUGCCAUCCUGCAGACCAGUGGAGUGGCUGAGUUCACCAAGAAACGCUCCAAACUGGUUUUACCUGCACCACAGAUCAGUGAUGCUGAGCUGGAGGAGGUCGUCAAAUUGGGCGUCGCCAGCGAGGUCGCCCGCCAAGCUGCCGAGGAGAGCGAAAGCGGUAACUCAGCCUCCUCUGCUCUCCUGUCAGAGUACAGCUUAACUAACUCCAUGGCAACGGGGCUGCGCACCCCACGCACCCCCGCCGCUCAGGACAGGAUACUGCAGGAAGCCCAGAACCUGAUGGCUCUGACCAACAUUGACACUCCUCUAAAGGGAGGCCUAAACACGCCGCUGCACGAGAGCGACUUCAGCGGAGUAACUCCUCAGCGGCAGCAGAUACAAACACCCAACACUGUUCUCAGCACACCUUUCAGGACUCCUGGACCAGGUCAGGGACAAGACGGUAUGACCCCUCAAGCUGGAGGAGGAAUGACCCCACGCGGGGCGGUGACCCCAGGUUUGACCCCCAGCCGCACUCCUCUGAGAGACAAACUGAAUAUUAACAGUGAGGAGCAGCUGGCUGAUCCUGCAUACACUAAACACCUGCAAAGGGAAAGCCUGCAGCAGCUGAGGCAGGGCUUGAUGGCACUUCCUGUUCCCAAGAACGACUUUGAGAUUGUUCUUCCGGAAAAUGCAGAGAAAGAGCUUGAGGAAACGGAGAUAGAGACGGGAUUCACGGAGGACGCAGCAGACGUGGAGGCACACAAGCAGGCUCAAAGGGAUGCAGAAAGAGAGAAGGAGCUGAAGCUGCGACACACCGCCGUUCAGAGGGAUCUCCCCAGACCAACCGAGGUAAACGAAUCUGUCCUCCGUCCCACCUCCAUGGAGCCGCUCUUGGACCUCCAGCUGGCAGAGGAGCUCAUCAAACAGGAGAUGAUCACAAUGCUGCACCACGACUGCCUGCACCACCCAUCAGCCAACGCAGUCAGUCACCUGCAGCGCGGCAAAAACAGAGGCCCCACCUCGACAUCUAACAACGCAUCACAUAUAGCAUACCUGGAAACACACCUCUACAAGCCAGUCAGCACAGAGGAGAUGGAGCAGGCAAAGGUGUUACUGGCUGCAGAAAUGGAGGUGGUGAAGGCAGGAAUGGGCCACGGUGAUCUCAGCAUGGAGGCCUACACGCAGGUGUGGGAGGAAUGCUACGGACAGGUUUUAUAUCUACCUGCUCAGAACAGGUACACCAGAGCCAACCUGGCAUCAAAGAAAGACCGCAUUGAAAGCCUGGAGAAAAAACUAGAGGUGAACCGUGGCCACAUGACAGCAGAGGCCCGGAAAGCAGCUAAACUGGAGAAGAAACUCAAAAUCCUGCUGGGAGGGUUUCAGUCCAGAGCCCUGGGGCUCCUGAAGCAGCACAGCGAGCUCUGGGAACAGGUGGAGCAGGCAGCCACAGAGCUACAGACCUUCAACCAGCUGAAGAAACAAGAGGACACUGCAAUUCCCAGGAGACAAGAGGCCCUGCGUGAGGAUGUGGAGAGGCAGAUGGAGAGAGAGAGGGAACUUCAGCAGAGAUAUGGAGAGCUACUGAUGGAGCGGGAGGCACUGAUUAACAGUGCUCAGAAGUACUGAGCAGCACACACACAGCUGAUCACACAUUUUUACACACAUGCUUCACACACUCAAAUGCUCAUCAUUGAGAUGCUGAUAUCAAGCUAACAGCUGCAGUGAGAAAUACAAUAGAGUUUUCUCGCUUUCCAAUUCGUCGUAUUGAAUCCUUCUGCUAUUUUUUCAAUGUUAAUGAUAAUUCCACCAUUAAGUCCUGCCUUCAUGUGCUCUUGUUGCUAUGAUGUCACACGCUGAGUUUUGAGCAUGCCCAGUAGUCCCCUUGUGUUUCUGUAUUAGUGACCAAUAAAGUUUUCUUUUCAACUCAAA